AUGGAAUCUGAUAAAUAUUAUAUUGUCGAUUGUAGUAAAAAAGAUACUUCAUUGUUUGAUCAACUACGACAAGAAUUGAUUACAAAUGGUUAUGUGAAAGUCAAAUGUGAAAAUCUAUUAAAUGGAGACUAUAACAAAGCCUGUCUUGAUGUAAUUACCAAUUUAGGAGGAAUUUGUUGUCCAUAUGAUGAUGAUCCAACAUCAUUAAUUUGGCCUGUUAAAGUACUUGAACUUGAUACACCAGGAUCAAAAUUACAAGCAUCUCAACUUGAUCGAGAACUUGUAUUACAUACCGAUUGUUCAUAUGAACAUGAUGCACCACAUUUUGUUGCUUUAUAUGCUGUUCAAUGUGAUAGAACUGAAAAUGGAGGCAAGUUUCACAUGAUUCCUACUCAAGAAAUCAUUGAUAAAUUAUCAUCAGAAACAAAACAUGUGUUACGUGAUGGAAUGUAUAAAAUCAAUGUUCCACCAGAUUUUCGAAAAGGUGAUAUUGAUUAUAUUUAUGGUCCUAUUUUAUUCAAUGAUGGUAAAAAUAUUCGAUACAGACGAGAUAUUAUUGACAAAAAUCGAUUGAAAGAAGAGUCAACAGAAAAACAAGCAGCCCUUGGUGAACUAAAUUCAAUUAUUUUAGCUGAAGAUCAAUUAAAUCUUUUUAGGCCAAAGCUUGAAAAUAAUAUGAUGGUAUUAUUCAACAAUCGUAGUUUUCUUCAUGGUCGUACAAAAAUUCUAGAUCAUGAGCGAUAUUUGUUACGUGUUCGUUUCAAUUUAGUUUAA